UCCCCCCUUCUCUCUCUCCCUUGAUCAUUAUAUAUACAUAAUUGAAAUUAAAAGCCAUAUACAAAGGAAGUAACUUAACACACACACACACACCCCAUUUCCCUAAACUAAAAAUUAAUUAAAGCUUGUUUUUUUAUUAUGGAGAAGAGUAGGUCAUUUCCGGAGUACUCGUCGGCUUAUUCGGGUGGCGAAUUCGGGUUCGGAGAUCGGUCUAAUUCCUAUAAUUUCAAUGGACCUUGCCAAAAGGGAAGUGGAUUUGUAACUUCUACAGAUCCAGAGCUCCAAAGAAAGAAGAGAAUUGCCUCAUAUAAUGUGUACACCACAGAAGGUAAGGUUAAAUCAAGUGUGAGAAAUAGCUUCAAGUGGAUUAAGAACAAGUUUAGUGACAUACGCUAUGGUGGUGGUGUAUGAGAUAAUGUUUUAAUUUAUAUAUUUAUAGGAAAAUCUUAAUUAAUUAAGAGUAUCUCUAGACUCUAUAUAUAGGUGAUGUUUAAAUUACCUUCUUGAUCUUUUAGAUCCUUUUCUUUUUGGGGGUGUUUUUUUUUUUUUUUUUUUUUUUGGAUAUUGACAAUGUUGUUCAAAACAAAAGAGGGACAGAUCAAAAUCCCUAAUGGUAUUAUUGGAAAUAUGUAUCAAAUUUGGGAGAAAAAAAAAUAAAAACUCACAAAACAAUGUAUUAAUUAGUAUGAUAAUGAUAGAUGGGGGAUUGUGCUUGCAUUGUAACCACAUGCAAUAUAUAUUUGGGCAUAGAUAUUUGAGCUGAUUUAGUUUGUAUUUAUUGGUGAUGAUAUAAAUAUAUAUAAUUUGACUUUUCUUA